UCCGGAGGCGGGCCCGGGAGGUGGCCCCGACGCAGCCAAUGGCCCGGCCGGGCGCGGGGCAGGCCGGCGAGGUGGCGGUCCCCCUCUCCCCGCCCACGGCCCCGCCCGCGGCCCCCAAAGCCGGCUAAAUAGGCGAGCCGCGCCCGUGCCCGCGCCGUCCUUCCUCCGCUCGUCUCCGUGCCCGCGGCAGCCACAGCCACAGCUACAGCCGGGAGGCAGUCGCGCGCAACGAGCCGGUGGCGUGGGUGUCUGGGGGGUCCCCGAGCGCCGAGCCCGGGAGCAUGAUCGUGGACAAGCUGCUGGACGACGGCCGCGGCGGAGAGGGGCUGCUGGACGCGACCGGCGACUGCGGCCUCAUGACCAGCCCGCUCAACCUGGCCUACUUCUACGGCGCGUCCCCGCCCGCCGCGGCCCCGGGUGCCUGCGACGCCAGCUGCUCGGCGUCGGGGCCGUCGGCGCCCGCCUCGCCCGGCUCCGACUCCUCCGACUUCUCCUCCGCCUCGUCCGUGUCGUCCUGCGGCGCGGUCGAGUCCCGGCCGAGAGGCGGCGCCCGCGCGGAGCGCCUGCAAGUUGAGCCCCAUAUGGGGUUUGGAAGGCAGCAAAGAGGACCCUUUCAAGGUGUUCGUGUGAAGAACUCAGUGAAAGAACUCCUGCUGCACAUCCGAAGUCAUAAACAGAAAGCUUCUGGCCAAGCUGUGGACGAUUUUAAGACACAAGGUGUGAACAGAGAGCAAUUCACAGAAUUGAUGAACUCAGUAUCGUAUAGUGGGAAAAGGAAAGGACCGGAGUCGUCUGAUGGACCAACUUGCAAAAGGCCAGCUUCGUCACAUACCCAGUUUUUGACACCACCUCAAACACCAACGCCCGUGGAGAGCAUGGAAGAUGUUCACCACAAUGAAUCCAAACAGGACAGCAGCACUGAUCUGCUUCAGAACAUUAUCAACAUCAAGAAUGAAUGCAGCCCGGUUUCCCUAAAUACUGUCCAAGUUAGCUGGAUGAGCCCUGUGGUGGUCGCUCAGAGCUCUCCCCGAGAGCAGUGUCAGGACUUCCAUGGAGGCCAGGUCUUCUCUCCACCUCAGAAAUACCAGUCGUUCCAAAUCAGCAGCUCCCCACACAUGAUGGAUCAGGCUUCCAUGUACCAGUAUCCUCAGAACCAGAACGUGCAGCAGCAGCCACAGCACUACACCCACAACCCAUCUCUGGAAUACAGUCCUUAUUCCAGAGCUUCCCAGUCCCCCAACUAUGAAGCAAACCUCUUUGAUAAUCAAGAACCACAGUUCUGCCCAAAUCAAAGUUUUGCAUCCCUUCUAAGUAGUCAUGGGGAAAGUGAGAAUAUUGCUGUUCCCAUUCAGACGUCCCCCAGUGUUCAACAACAAAACGACGCCCACCUGCAAAACUUCAGCAUGAUGCCACACAGUGCUAAUGAGGCCAUGCUAGGGAAUGAGGCAGGCUCUGUCCCUUUAAGCACUUCACUGCCAUUCCAGAAUCUCAUCGGAAGUCCAAUGAACACCACACAGUUAGGGAAGUCAUUUUUUCAGUGGCAAGUAGAGCAGGAGGAAAGCAAAUUGGCAAAUAUCUCCCAAGACCAGUUUCUUUCAAAGGAUGCAGAUGGUGACACGUUCCUCCAUAUUGCUGUUGCCCAAGGGAGAAGGGCCCUUUCCUAUGUCCUUGCAAGAAAGAUGAAUGCGCUUCACAUGCUGGAUAUUAAAGAGCACAAUGGUCAGAGUGCCUUUCAGGUGGCAGUGGCUGCCAAUCAGCACCUCAUUGUGCAGGAUCUGGUGAACCUUGGGGCCCAGGUGAACACCACUGACUGCUGGGGGAGAACCCCUCUGCAUGUCUGUGCUGAGAAGGGUCACUCGCAGGUGCUGCAGGCAAUUCAGAAGGGUGCUGCAAUGAGCAAUCAGUUUGUGGAUCUUGAAGCCACUAACUAUGAUGGCCUGACUCCUCUACACUGUGCGGUCGUGGCCCAUAAUGCUGUGGUGCACGAGCUCCAGAGAAACCAACAGCCUCACUCACCUGAAGUUCAGGAGCUUUUACUGAGGAACAAGAGUCUGGUUGACACCAUUAAGUGUCUGAUUCAAAUGGGAGCAGCCGUGGAAGCCAAGGAUCGUAAAAGUGGCCGCACAGCCCUGCAUUUGGCGGCUGAGGAAGCCAAUCUGGAACUCAUUCGCCUCUUUUUGGAGCUGCCCAGUUGCCUGUCUUUUGUGAAUGCAAAGGCUUACAAUGGAAACACUGCCCUGCAUGUUGCUGCCAGCCUGCAGUAUCGGGUGACACAGCUGGAUGCAGUCCGUCUGUUGAUGAGGAAGGGAGCCGACCCAAGUACUCGGAACUUGGAGAACGAACAGCCAGUGCAUUUGGUUCCUGACGGCCCUGUGGGAGAGCAGAUCCGACGUAUCUUGAAGGGGAAGUCCAUUCAGCAGAGAGCUCCACCAUAUUAGCUCCAUGGACUUGGAGUCUGGUCGGCAACACUCACUGUCAGUUAGGCAGUCCUGUUAUAUCUGUACAUAGACCAUUUGCUCUGUAUUGGCAAAUGUGAGUUGUUUCUAUGAAACAAGCUUAUUUAGUUCACUAUUAUAUAGUGGGUUAUAUUAAAAGAAACGAAGAAAAAUAUCUAAUUUCUCGUGGCAGAUUUUAGUAUUUCAUACCCAGGUAUCUGGGAUCUAGACAUCUGAAUUUAAUCUGAGUGGUAAAAUUGACUUAAAUGAACAGUAGCUUUUGGGUAGGAAAAGGUUUUGAUUUGUGGCAUAAGGCAUUGCUCAUGUAGCUCUUGCCAGUUUAAAAGCAGGUAAAUUGUAAACAUUUUUAAAAGAAAAAUGAAAGCAUUUGGAAGGAAAAGCGUAAACCUGGAUGUCGUGCUGAGGCUUUGUUUGGCCUGAUGGCAGUGCCUGAUAUUGUUGGUGUUGGAAAGUCUCUAGUCAUUGGACUAGGUGAAAGAUACCAUGUCUAAAAUUUGAUUUUUCAAACUGUAUAGAAUUGUCAUUUUUGUCUUUUAAAAUAUUUGUACAUAUUUGGUUAUUAAGAUGGCCACAUUUGAAAUGUGUAAAUCAAUAAAAUAGAAAAGAACAAGUAAAUUGUCACUAUUUUAAAAAUUAUACACAUUCAAAGGGGCUGUGUCAUCACCCAACUACCAUCUCCAUACAUUCCAUACUUAUAGCAGACGGAGAGUUGUUUCCUUGGUGACUGACAGAGUCUGCUUGAAUUGUAAAUAUGCUUUUCUCAUGCAUUGAGAUGAGACACAUUAUUUGUCGGGAAUUGCAGUUCUUAAAGAGAACACCUCUUUAUGGCUCACUUUCUAGGACUUAUAAUUUACUUGCUCUGUUGGGAAUUUUGUUAUACCUUUAUAGGAACAACAAAAAGUCAAUAUUGAAACAUGUCUUACUAAUUUUCUAUUGUCAAAUAAUGAUAAUACACCAUGAUGUUUUAUAUCACCAUUCAGAAAAAAAUCCUUUAUUUUUUUAGUAAUCUAUUAAUAUUAUUUUGCUUACCUCUGACAUACCGCGAGGAACAUAUUUGGAAUUGAUUGCACUAAUUCAUUGUAAUACAUUUGAUUCAUUAAAAACUUUUUUUUUAAAUGAGUCUCACAAGCAGCUGACUGACUAAUCAUAUUUGUAGCUUAAAUUCUUUAAAAAAAAGAUAACCUUUGAAUUGAUCACAUUGUUUGAUCCAGUAUGUCUUGUGGACAAAAGUUAGUUAUAGUUAUUUGGUAUCUGUAAAUAUGGCUAUGAUAUGAACCAGUUCAUUCACACUCAUGGAGAAACUCAUGUAUGGUUUUAAAUAAAUAUGAAUUCAAUAAUA